UUCCAGCUCAAGUUACGACAAUGAGGGCCCUGGUGAUCGCCGUUGCUUUUACCGCACUGCUAGCCUUCACGGCUGCUGGAGGACUGGGAGGUUUCGGGGGCUUCUAUGGAGGAAGUUACGGUGGUGGCUACGGAGGCGGCUACGGACUCGGUGGUGUCGGCCUUGGCAGCAGCGUCGUUCUUCUCAGCGGAGGUGGUGCCGGAUACUCCAAAGCGGUAGCCGGUCCGGCAUUCCUCGUGAAGACAGUCCACCACGUCAGCAAGCUCCACGGAGGAGGAGGAAUUUUGGGGUACUCCGGCUUGGGAGGAGGCUAUGGAGGAGGCUAUGGAGGUGGCUUCGGAGGUGGCUACGGAGGUGGCUAUGGAGGCUACGGUGGUUACGGUGGCCAUGGCUGGUAG